AUGGACUUCAAGAGGUUUGGGGGCUCCGAGGCUGUGGGGAUGGGGGUCCUGACUAGGUCCAAGUUCACCCUGCUCCUCGCGGCGGUGGAGUUCCGCUUCCCGCGCAUGAAGGGGAGGCUGUGUCGAGUUAGGGCGGCCCUCAAGGGCUUGGACCAUGCUCGCCAACCUCGUCACGCCGUCCCCAUGAUCAGUAACGUGCGUUCCUGGAUGUGUAUUCAUUUUUGUGGCAGGGGUGUGCCGCGUCUCGGGUUCGGCAUCGUGAUCCAGGGCAAGUCCGGGAUGGGGCCGAGUGAAAUGCUGGGAGUAGGGGCUGGCGACGUCACUCUCCCGGAGGACUGGGGCUAUCCUUUAGGCUCGGGGCCUGUCGACAUCGGUUUGGGACUCCGGGCAAUGACGAAAGCCAAGCGUCCGCAGGUUGUGUCGUUCCUGGAGGAGCUGGAGCCUGGCCUCGCAGAGGGCCUCAGGAUUCUUCGUCGUCACACUCCCAAGGGCCAGCGACUUUUCCCGUGCUCCCUGGCCCAGUACCGUGCCCUCAUAGAGACCGUGCAGGCUUCGUUCAACCUUGACUUCGGGGCGCCCAGCGGCAUCAAGGCCGCGCUCCGCAAGGGCGCCGCCGCGCAGGCCAAGGGCGAGGGCGUGGAGUCGGGCUCGGAGGCGGGCUCGUGGCUGGAAGUGGGCAGCCGGGGGGCCAGCUCGGCGCGGGCGCCUGCCGCGCCGGCGCAGAACCGAGCGGACACGCCGCCUCCGCGGACCCCAGGGGGCCUGGCCAUGGGAGCGAAUGUGAGCACGAGCGCAGCGAAGCACGUGUCGGCAGUGGCCGACGGGUCGAUCGGCCUGGUCGAGGCGGCUUGGCGUGGCGUCGACCUGCUGGACGUCCACGCGCAGGGCAGCACCGGCAGGUUCUUCGUCGAGGAUGAAGACGACUGGCCCGCCUUCCCCCAGGAGCCGGAGGUCCAGCAGGUCAUGCAGCUCGAGCCGGAGUUUUCUGACGAACUGGAGCGCCUUUUGCUCUUCUCCUCGGCCGCCAGGCCGAGGGGCGAAUUCACACACAGCGCUUUCCGUUCUCCUAAGAUGUACCAGUCCGCUAGUUUUUGGGCCCGCUGGCUUCCCAGCGGCCAUGUCGGGAUCGCCUGGGGGGUGGUCGCGAUCCGCUUCCGCCCGCAGUGGGCGAACCCAGCGCGGGGUCUGCUCGGCAUGGGCGAGACGGCCGAGGCGCCGGCCAUGGCCGAGCAGCUCAAAGUCCCGGCGGAAUCGUGCUUCCCCGCGCCUGAGCUGGACCUCGGCCCCGAGGCGCUCCGAGGCGCCCCCGCCCUCCCGGGGGGUUCCACCCGCAGACUCUCCCGCCGAGUGCGCCGCGCAGUGGCGCGGGUUGUCCAGUUUCUUUUCCCUUUCCGUAGGCGCGAGCAGCCGCGCCUACUGGAGUCAGACCGCACAGCGAAUACGGGCGACGGUUACACGAUGAAUGGCACUGGCCUGAGCUUGACUGUUGAGGAGCCGCUCGCGGGCGCGGGUGGUGGUGGGCGUUCUUGA